AUGGUUGCUCCCGAAGAGCCCACUCAGCCAACAUGGAAAUUCACCCAGUGUUUUGGCGAUAAGGGUGACGUUGAGGACAUAACCGAAGCGGACAUCAUUUCCACUGUGGAAUUCGAUCACACGGGCAAUUAUCUAGCAACGGGUGACAAGGGUGGACGGGUAGUGCUCUUUGAAAGGAACGAAUCGAAGAAAACUUGCGAAUAUAAGUUCCAUACCGAGUUCCAGUCGCAUGAGCCCGAGUUCGAUUACUUGAAAUCCUUGGAGAUAGAAGAGAAAAUCAACAAGAUCAAGUGGUGUAGAAGACAGAAUGCCUCUCACUACCUUCUCUCAACAAACGACAAGACAAUCAAGUUAUGGAAAGUCUUCGAGAAGUCGUUGAAGGUGGUGGCGGAAAAUAAUCUCUCACAUGAUCUCACUCCGGGUGGUGCUAUAGGAGGAGGUGGUGGCCCACCACGACCGAAUCCAAAUGUCUCAUUUCGCGAUGCUUCGUCUCUCAAACUUCCUCGCCUUACACACCAUGAUACCGUUGUUGCUGCGGUCCCUCGUCGAAACUACGCAAACGCACACGCCUACCACAUCAACAGCAUCUCUGUCAACAGCGAUGGGGAGACGUUUAUCAGCAGUGACGAUCUGCGUAUAAACUUAUGGAACCUUAAUAUACAAGACCAGAGCUUCAACAUCGUCGAUAUCAAGCCUACCAAUAUGGAGGAGUUGACCGAGGUGAUCACCGCUGCCGAGUUUCACCCACAAAGCUGCAAUUGGUUCAUGUAUGCAAGUUCAAAGGGCACGAUCAAGUUGGCUGAUAUGCGUGAAAAUGCUCUUUGCGAUCAGCACGCCAAACAGUUCGAGCAAGAAGAAGACCCGUCAGCGCGCUCCUUCUUUUCCGAGAUAAUAUCAUCAAUCUCUGAUGUACGGUUCUCACACGAUGGUCGUUAUAUUCUGUCUCGCGACUACCUGACUGUCAAGAUCUGGGACGUCAACAUGGAGCGGACCCCGGUCAAGACCAUCCCAAUUCAUGAGCACCUGCGACCUCGCCUAUGUGAUACGUAUGAAAAUGAUAGCAUCUUUGACAAGUUUGAGGUCGUUUUCUCUGGCGACGCAAAGAACGUAAUGACGGGCAGCUACAACAACAAUUUCAUGAUCUACCCAUCUGAUCCAGAGAGGGAGACGGAGGUCGUGCUUCAGGCUGACAAAUCCGCUUUCAAGCAAAAAAAGAUUGGCGUACCAACACCAAUCAAUUCAUCUACAAGCCCCACCAAUGGGCCAUCGAACAAGAAGGGCAACUCCAGAGCGGGCAGCCCAGCAGCAGGAGCAGGAGGACAAGGGGGCCGAAUGAAGAAGGAGACGGAUGCAGACCAGAUUGACUUCAACAAGAAGAUUCUGCACAUGAGCUGGCAUCCUUUUGAAGACAGUAUAGCCAUUGCAGCUACGAACAAUCUUUUUGUAUUCUCGGCAUUGCACGAACAGUCUCAGGACCUAUAG